AACAGUCAUGCGGCUGUUAAGGACCCUGCGAUUUUCUCCCCACGCUCCAUUCCUGGCUGUGGAUAGCAGUUGUUCGGCAGCUUACUCUGAUUUAGCAAUCUGGUCAAUAUGGGCUCCGACACGUUCGAGCUGGCCGGAAGGCACUUUCCGCGCGAGAACUGGUGGAAGAAUCCAGGCAUGCGAAAGACCUAUAUCUGCCUCAUGUUUGUCGUCUUGACGUCUGCUACAAAUGGAUACGACGGUUCGAUGAUGAACGGCCUGCAGACCUUGCUAAUCUGGCAGGAUCACUACAAUCACCCCAGCGGAUCGCUGCUGGGCAUCCUCAAUGCCAUCAUGUCGCUGGGAUCCAUUGCUGCCCUGCCCGCCGUACCAUAUACCGCUGAUCUUCUGGGUCGUCGGAUGGGAAUAUUGAUUGGAUGCGCGAUUAUGCUUCUCGGGGUUGUCCUGCAGAGCAUCGGUAUCAACGUUGGAAUGCUUCUAGCGAGUCGCUUCCUUAUCGGUUUCGGUGUCGCCAUCGCCCACGGGGCGUCGCCUUUGUUGGUUACGGAGCUGGUCCACACUCAACACCGUGCAAUUUUCACCACCAUUUACAACACGACGUGGUAUGUGGGUGCGAUUGUCGCGGCAUGGCUCACCUUCGGCACGAAUAACAUCCCAAACCACUGGUCGUGGAGAACGCCAACGAUUGCGCAGGCCUUGCCCUCUGUGCUUCAGAUAUUUUUCAUCUGGUUCGUCCCUGAAUCUCCACGUUUCCUUAUGUACAAGGGAAAGCCCGAGGCGGCUCUCAAGGUCCUGGCUGAUUGCCACGCAAACGGCAACCAAGACGACGAGGUCGUUCAACUGCAAAUGCAAGAGAUCCAGGAGACACUCCAGCUCGAGAAACAGUUCGAGAGCAAUUCCUGGCGUGAGCUGUUCCGAACCAAGGGAAACCGCCAUCGCACGAUCAUCUUAGUCUCCGCCGGCUUCUUCUCGCAGUGGUCAGGCAACGGGCUGGUCUCUUACUAUAUCGUCAAGAUCUUGACCAACAUCGGCUAUACCGACCCGGUCGAUCAGAACUUGAUCAAUGGAUGUCUACAAAUCAUGAACUUUAUUGUGGCCUUGACAAUGUGCUUUUUCGUUGACAAGGUCGGCCGGCGCAAGCUUUUCCUCGUAUCAACCGCUGGCAUGUUGGUGGCGUUUAUUGUCUGGACAAUCUGCUCUGCUCGAUACGAUACCCAGCACAACACGGCCUCUGCAAACGCCGUCAUCGCAAUGAUCUACCUCUACUAUCUCUUCUACAACAUUGCCUGGUCCGGCCUGCUCGUCGGGUACACCGUCGAGAUCUUGCCCUACAGUCUUCGCGCCAAGGGCAUGACUGUGAUGUGGUUCUGUAUUGACGCAGCUCUGGCGUUCAAUCAAUACGUUAAUCCUGUUGCCCUCGACAGCAUCGGCUGGAAGUACUACAUCUUCUACUGCGUAUGGCUUGGCGUGGAGCUCGCCGUGGUCUGGUUCUACUAUAUUGAGACGCGGAAUACUCCGCUGGAAGAGAUUGCAAAGCAUUUUGACGGCGAUAAGGCGAUGGUUGGAGGCGCAGCUGGUACGGAGAAGGCGCGAGAACUGGCGUCUGUCAUCCACGUUGAGGAGUCUGUCGUGGAGACCAGCGCUCAGAAGGCAUGACGCUACCACGUUCCUGUAGCUGGGUGUCUAUGUAUUCGCUAUAAUUGAAUGGUCUCAGAUGCUGUAGAAACCAGUCAGAUUGGAAGGUUGACCAGUAGUAGCUUAACUCUUACGCUCUUAACCUUAAUUUUCAAAAUAUACUCCCUUAAUUUCUUUAAAAUGCC